GUAUAUAAAAUAAUUUUAGUUAAAAGAAUUUUUUGCUGGCAAUACUGGCACGCCAAACAAAAAUGCUGCAUUUUGACAAACUAGUUUUGCUAAAUUUUGUGUGAUAAGUGUGUGAAGUGCAUAAGAGUUUGAAAGAAUUUAAACGUAUAACUACUCGUUAUAAUCGCUGUUUUCAUUUAAAUAGAGUUUUAGUAUGUUCGGAUUUAACUUUUGGACACAAUUCAUUGACAUAUAUAAAUCGCAACCAGCAUUAUGGGAUGUUAAUUCUGAUAAUUAUAAUAUGAAGCAAUAUAAAAUUUCUGCUUAUAAUACUCUACUUGCAAAACUGAGGGAAAUUGAUCCCAACGCCGAUAUUAACAUGGUUAAAAGGAAAAUAAACAGUUUCAGAUCGUGUUUGCGGCGUGAGAGACAGAAAACCGUAUCUAUGGCUAAAUUGGGGAAGGAAUACGUCUCUACGUGGAAAUUUUACCCAUACUUUUCAUUUAUUAAUGAGCCGGAUCCGUUUGACGAUGAUAAAUUAGUAAAUGGCAGUAACAUUACAUACAGUAAAGAGGAAAUCGUAAUUAGUCUAGGGAAUGAUGAGGUUUCUACUUUAACAAUUCUUGCUGUUUCAAUGUAUACCGAAUUGUAUAGAAAUUAUAUCUCUAAAGAGUAUUGUUCAAAUCAUACAAAGAAAAAAAUUGGCAAAAAUUGAGUUUUUCAAAAAAUU